GGUCUGCCAGCCUGGAGCAGCUCCCAGAGGUCUACUCAGAAGGACCCAAUUCCUAACCAGCCUCCCUUUCUCUGUCAGUGGGGACAUUAUCAGCCAAGCUUGAAGCUAUUAAUGAACUAAUUAAUUUUGACUACAUAUAUGCCAAGCCCGUAGUCUGAGACAGAGAGCCAAGCUAAUGUGGUAGUGAAAAUCAAGGAAGCACCUCUCAGCCUUUUAGAGAAUGAUCACCCAGAAUUCGUGGUCUCAGUGAAGGAAGACUUUGUGGAAGAUGACUUCAUUCCAGACCUGGGUAUCUCCAAUCUACUUCCAUCCAGCCACUGCCCGAAGCCAUCUUCCUGUCUACUGGAUGUUUAUAGUGACUGUGGGUAUGAGGGCUCCCCUUUCCCCUUCAGUGACAUGGCCUCUCCACUUGGUGCAAACCAUUCUAAGGAGGAGACUGGCCAAUGAACUCUUUCACCAGCUGGUUAAGAAUGUCUGAGGGGCCAGGCGGUGCUGGCAAGAUGGCUGCACUUGAGAAGAUGACGUUUCCCAAGAAGAUGACAUUUCCAGAGAAACCAAGCCACAAAAAGUACAGGGCCGCCCUGAAGAAGGAGAAACGAAAGAAACGUCGGCAGGAACUUGCUCGACUGAGAGACUCAGGACUCUCACAGGAGGAGGAAGAGGACACUUUUAUUGAAGAACAACAACUAGAAGAAGAGAAGCUAUUGGAAAGAGAGAGGGAAAGAUUACAUGAGGAGUGGUUGCUGAGAGAGCAGAAGGCACAAGAAGAAUUCAGAAUAAAGAAGGAAAAGGAAGAGGUGGCUAAAAAAUGGCAAGAAGAACAAGAGAGAAAGUUAAAGGAACAAUGGAAAGAACAGCAGAGGAAAGAGAGAGAAGAGGAGGAGCAGAAACAACAGGAGAAGAAAGAAAAAGAGGAAGCUGUGCAGAAGAUGCUGGAUCAGGCUGAAAAUGAUUUAGAAAAUGGUACCACAUGGCAAAACCCAGAACCACCCGUGGAUUUCAGAGUAAUGGAGAAGGAUCGAGCUAAUUGUCCCUUCUACAGUAAAACAGGAGCUUGCAGAUUUGGAGACAGAUGUUCACGUAAACAUAAUUUCCCAACAUCCAGUCCUACCCUUCUUAUUAAGAGCAUGUUUACAACGUUUGGAAUGGAGCAGUGCAGGAGGGAUGACUAUGACCCUGACGCAAGCCUGGAGUUCAGCGAGGAAGAAACCUACCAACAGUUCCUAGAUUUCUAUGAGGAUGUGUUGCCCGAGUUCAAGAACGUGGGGAAAGUGAUUCAGUUCAAGGUCAGCUGCAAUUUGGAACCUCACCUGAGGGGCAAUGUAUAUGUUCAGUACCAGUCGGAAGAAGAAUGCCAAGCAGCCCUUUCUCUGUUUAACGGACGAUGGUAUGCAGGACGACAGCUGCAAUGUGAAUUCUGCCCAGUGACGCGGUGGAAAAUGGCGAUUUGUGGUUUAUUUGAAAUACAACAAUGUCCAAGAGGAAAACACUGCAACUUUCUUCAUGUGUUCAGAAAUCCCAACAAUGAAUUCUGGGAAGCUAAUAGAGACAUCUACUUGUCUCCAGAUCAGACUGGCUCCUCCUUUGGCAAGAACUCCGAGAGGAGGGAGAAGAUGGGCCACCACGACCACUACUACAGCAGGCAGCGGGGAAGGAGAAACCCUAGUCCAGACCACACCUACAAAAGAAAUGGGGAAUCCGAGAGAAAAAAGAGUAGUCAUAGGGGGAAGAAAUCUCACAAACGCACAUCAAAGAGUCGGGAGAGGCACAAUUCACCAAGCAGAGGAAGAAAUAGGCACCGCAGCUGGGACCAGGGCCGCCGGAGCCAGAGCCGCAGGAGCCACCGCAGCCGGAGCCAAAGUUCCUCUAGGUGCCGAAGUCGUGGCAGGAGGAGGUCGGGUAAUAGAGACAGAACUGUUCAGAGUCCCAAAUCCAAAUAAACUAGUUUUGUUCUUAAAAAAAAAAAAAAAAAAAAAAAAAAGAA